UUCCGUUAAAUUUCAGCUUCUUUAUCAUUUUUCGCUUCAAUUAAAGUGUUUAUUUUUUCGGUUUAUCUCAUGGAUAAUAUUUAUUAUUUUUAUUUCUUUAAAAAUUUAAUGCUAAUUUUUUAUUUCCAUUUUGGUUUACACAUACAUUACCUGUGAAUGCAAGUGUAAAUGGCUUAUUUUGCUGGAGGAAGAAUUCUAUGAUUCGGCUGCGCAAUUAGUUUUCAUUUGUAUAGUUAUUUAUUAUGGGUGAAAGAAAUGGAUUGUAGAAGAAAAGAGAAAUAAAUUUCAAUUUACUUUGUUGUGGAAUUCUAAAUUAGGAGGAAAUGUGCUUUGAAAUGUAGUUUUGGGAGGUUUAUGAUCUUAGGAUUCCAGUGUGGCCGUGAAGAGUUUGGUUCUCUGUUGGAAGGAGUUCCUCUAGUACCAGUGUGGCCGUGAAGAGUUUGGUUCUCUGUUGGAAGGAGUUCCUCUAGUAAGAGCCGGAUAGUACAUUGGGAUAUAUUGAAGAGACUAGAAUUUCCUAAUAUGGUGAAAAAGAGUUCAAAUUGUUGUUGGAAGGGGCCUGUGUGACAGUACCUUGGGGAUUAGGCCUCCCGGCUUAACAAGUAUGUCACUAGACUUCAAGGUCUUUGGCAGUAAUUCUUCUUAGCUUCAUUGGUGCACAAUGUAUUCAAGUUAGUAAGAUUGUUAUGUUGGCCUUUCUGGGGCUGAAAGGGUAAUUUAUAAAAUAGGCAAAAACUAAAAGAGAAUGCUAUUUUAAACUGUUUGGAAUGAAAGAGAUUCGAGACAGCAUUGCACAUGUAUCGAACACAAACUUAGAAAAAAUGGAAUGAAUGGUAUUAGCAAAUAUAUAUUCAAGCAAGGGCUCUGAUUGUGGUUAGAAAAAUAGUGCCAUUUGUAAUUUGAAAGAAAUUGUAACAAUUUUAGGUUUUUUUAUUUUUUUUUAUUUUUUGUUUUUUAAUAAUGAAUCUCUAUCAGGCUGGGUAUACUUAAUGGAAACUAUGACUCUAGAAGAAGUAAAAUGUAGAGAUUUGCAAAUUUGAAGCACUUCUUCAAGAUGCAAUUGGCUUAGUGGUUGGCGGUGGCUUAGUUAAGUUGUGUGUUAAGCUGCUUAGUUAUUGUAAUGCGUAGUCAAUUGCAUCUACUUAUGGUAAAUUUAAGAUUAUGAUUCCCUCAAUUGCUGCCCCAUUCUGGAUUAAAGCAAAAAAUUACUGUAUGUAUUUUACGGUUCACACCAUUUCUUGAGCCAACAAGUGUUGAAGGUUAAUUUGCUAACUUCCUGGGAUCUAUCCUAUAAAAACCAAAAUAAGAUUCACGAUAACUCUUGUGGGGCAUAUAGAGGUUUAAUGGAAGCUUAGCACGUGUUUUAUGGUUUUGACGCUUCAUAACAUGUGCUAUUUGACUCAUUUGGAUAAUAGCUUAAAGAGGUUUUUCGGAGGGGUAUUUACAGAAUUCUCUUAUAAAAGGAAUCUAGGUUUUCCUAUUUUCUUAUGCCAAUUGAACAUCCUUUGUUCUCGCUUUUCCUUGGCAACCUGCGAAUCUUAUUUUUGUUUUUCUAGAAUAGAACCCAGGAAGUUGGCAAGUUAACCUUCAACUCCUGUGGGCCAUAUAGUGGUUUAAUGGAAGCUUAACACGUGUUUUAUGGUUUUGAUGUUUCAUAACACGUGCUAUUUGACUAAUUUGGAUAAUAGCUUAAAGAGGUUUGUCAGAGUGGUAUUUACAGAAUUCUCUCAUAAAAGGAGUCUAGGUUUUCCUAUUUUCUUAUGCCAAUUGAACAUCCUUUGUUCUCACUUUUCCUUGGGAACCUGCAAAUCUUAUUUUGGUUUUUUUAGAAUAGAACCCAGGAAGUUGGCAAAUUAACCUUCAGCUCCUGUGGGCCAUGUAGUGGUUUCAUGGAAGCUUAACACGUGUUUUAUAGCUUUGACACUUCAUAACACGUGCUAUUUGACUCAUUUCAAUAAUGGCUUAAAGAGAUUUGUCGGAGGGGUAUUAACUGAAUGCUCUCGUAAAAGGAAUCUAUAUUUUCCUAUUUUCUUAUGCCAAUUGAACAUCCUUUGUUCUUGUUUUUCCUUGGCAACUUGCGAAUCUUAUUUUGGUUUUUCUAGAAUAGAACCCAGGGAGUUGGCAAAUUAACCUCCAACUCCUGUGGGGCAUAUAGUGACUUCAUGGAAGUUUAACACGUGUUUUAUAGAUUUGACGCUUCAUAACAUGUGCUAUUUUACUCAUUUGGGUAAUAGCUUAAAGAGGUUUGUUGGAGUGGUAUUUACAGAAUUCUCUCAUAAAAGGAGUCUAGGGUUUCCUAUUUUCUUAUGCAAAUUGAACAUACUUUGUUGUUGUUUUUCCUUGGCAACCUGCGAAUCUUAUUUUUGUUUUUCUAGAAUAGAACCCAGGAAGUUGGCAAAUUAACCUUCAACUCCUGUGGGGCAUAUAGUGGUUUAAUGGAAGCUUAACACGUGUUUUAUGGUUUUGACGCUUCAUAACACAUGUUAUUUGACUCAUUUGGAUAAUAGCUUAAAGAGGUUUUCCGGAGGGGUAUUUACAGAAUUCUCUCAUAAAAGGAGUCUAGGUUUUCCUAUUUUCUUAUGCCAAUUGAACAUCCUUUGUUCUCGCUUUUCCUUGGCAACCUGCGAAUCUUAUUUUGGUUUUUUUAGAAUAGAACCCAGGAAGUUGGCAAAUUAACCUUCACCUCCUGUGGGCCAUGUAGUGAUUUCAUGGACGCUUAACACGUGUUUUAUAGCUUUGACGCUUCAUAACACGUGCUAUUUGACUCAUUUGGAUAAUGGCUUAAAGAGAUUUUUGGGAGGGCUAUUUACAUAAUGCUCUCGUAAAAGGAAUCUAGGUUUUCCUACUUUCUUAGGAAAAUUAACAUCCUUUGUUCUUGUUUUUCCUUGGAAGCCUGCGAAUCUUGUUUUGGUUUCUCUAGAAUAGAACCCAGGAAGUUGGCAAAUUAACCUUCAACUCCUGUGGGGCAUAUAGUGGUUUCAUUGAAGCUUAACACGUGUUUUAUAGCUUUGACUCUUCAUAACACGUGCUAUUUGACUCAUUUGGAUAAUAGCUUAAAGAGGUUUUUCGGGAGGGGUAUUUACAGAAUUCUCUCAUAAAAGGAAUCUAGGUUUUCCUAUUUUCUUAUGCCAAUUGAACAUCCUUUGUUCUCGCUUUUCCUUGGCAACCUGCCAACCUCAGAUGAGGAUGAAAGUUUCUACCUCACAAGGUAUUGGACUGUAAGGAAGAGGAGGUUUUUUAUCAAUCAGGCUUCUGAACUACCGGAUGUGUUGCUAAGAGCACAUUUUAUAAUAUUAUUGCUUGUCCCUUAUUGACUAACUCUUUAUAUUCAAAUUCUGGUUCAAUGUGCUUGUCUCCAUUUCGUGCCAAUUUCUACGAUUUAGAUCUGUAUUACUGCUUAGAUUCUGAUAUUAUUUCCAUGAAAGAGAAUUGAUAUGUGUGUAAUGGUAGAGAAGUUUUUUUGCUCAUAGCUGAAAAGCAUGAGAGAUGACAUUUAGGGGACAAUUUUAGGGGCCAUAGCUUUUGCUGCAAAAUGUUGAAGGACUAGCUAGCACCAUAACCAUUUGUUUUUUGGGUGUGGGGGUUGGGAGAGAUAACUAACUGAUGUGCACAAGCACCAAAUUACACACCUGCUCUUUUUAUCAAAUUACAUGAACAUAACUGUUUACAUAGGUAUAUGUAUGUGUUUGUAGGUGGUGUUCCAUGUCCCUGUUACUAGAUAGAUUCUGUCACAUCCUCCAUGCUCCCUGUUUUAUAUAAUACAGAGUAACAUUCACAUAUUGCCUUCUAUCUUCCUCUUCUAUAUUUCUCCUUUCAAAAUUGCUUCCUUUUGGGUCAUUAAUAUGAAAAUGGAUGGUGCAACCUCUAAAAGAAGCUAACUUCCAAAGUAGAAGGGCGUUAAGACAAAUGCAAAGUGAACAAAUUUUAUUGAAUAAUAUGAAAGCUGCGUGAAGAAAUUUGUGGAGUAAACAAUGCCACCCAAUCAAAGAACCAGAAAAGCCUAUAAAGCUAUGAAAGAUAUUGGAAUUGAUGUCUCUGUGGUGAAACCAGUGUUGAAUGACCUUUUAAAAUUAUAUGAUAGAAAGUGGGCACACAUUGAAGCUGAGAAUUAUAGAGUCCUUGCAGAUGCUAUCUUUGAGAUGAAGUCAGAGGUUGCACAGAAUAAAGAGUCUGAGAAUAGUGAACAAGGACCUUUGGAGGAAGAAACCUUAUGCAAGGAGUCUGAAAAACCACUUAAGCGACUGCAGUCAAAACAUCAAGAUGAUCAACCUUCACUUUCCUGUGACAACUCUAGCUCCACCUUGGCUGGGGCAUCAUUCAAGAAGCCUAAAGUGAAGUGCAAUGAUGUAUCUGGUGAAAGUUGCCCGAGUGUCUUACAAGGCAUGGUGGCCUCACAUCAGCUCAGUCAUGGAGGGAGGGAAGCUCAAACCCCUUCUGCCUCAUAUCAGACAUAUACUAGAAGCAAAGGAAAGGAACCCAUUUUACCAAAACCUAUGGUGUUGCCAGAUAAAUCUCUUCCAACUCAGCCUGCUGGCGCUGACAGAAAUCAGACUAAUGUCUUGAGGAAGGCUAAGGCUGGACCAAAGCCUAGCUCUCAUCCAAUGCGGCUUAGAGAUAGACAAAGGAAACCUCAAACUCUUCAACCUGCCAGAGAUAAGACAUUGGCCCCUGGACAUUCUUCUCAUGUCUUACACCUUAAAGAGCCAAAGACUGAAGCUUGCCUUGUGCUAACCCCACAGCAGAAAAUGCUUACUGCUCAUGAUUUUAUAAAGCCUAAGGAUGAGCCAUUCACUGAUGAUGCGCCACACCCAGAGGUUCCCAUUGCUGUUAUCCCCUCUGAGUCAUUAUACAAGGAUGAUGUUCCAAGUGUAAAUGGUUUGCUAAAAGAUCACAGUGCUUCUGAAAACUUAGCAGCAGAUUCCAGUGGAGCCAUGGAUGGAACUUACUGUAUUGCAACUUCAUCCAGUGAAAUGAAAACCAAUCAGCAGCUGAUACAACAACUUUCUCCUCCUUGCAAUGGUGUGGAUGACAGGUCACUACCUGAGGAAGAUGCAUCUGGGAACAACCACUGCAAAGUUGCUGAAAAUGGUCAAAGUGUUCUUGAAGAGAUGAAUUCUCAAAGUCCAGAGGUUGUGGAGUCACUUCAAGUAUCUCAUGAUAACACAAGCUCUUUAAAUGAGGGCAUUGACAUUACUAAGGGGCAAGAAAAGAUUGCAAUUUCAGUAGUGAAUGAAGUUAAUAGCGAGCAUCCACCAUCCUUCCAGUACAUACCUCAAAAUACAGUAUUUCAGAAUGCAUAUGUAAAUAUUUCUCUGGCUCGUAUUGGGGAUGAUCAUAGUUGUUCAACUUGUUCUGGUGAUUGUUUGUCAUUGUCGGUACCUUGUGCUUGUGCAUAUGAAACUGGGGGUGAGUUUGCAUACACCGAAGAAGGCCUCGUCAAGGAAGAAUUUCUGAAAGAGUGUAUUUCUAUGAACCGUGACCCAGGAAAGCACUGCCAGUUCUACUGCACAGAGUGCCCACUUGAAAGAUCUAAAAACGACAACGUUAUAGAACCUUGCAAAGGUCAUCUAGUGAGGAAUUUCAUCAAAGAAUGCUGGAGGAAGUGUGGAUGUAAUAUACAGUGUGGCAAUCGUGUAGUACAACGAGGAAUUAGUCGAAAGUUACAGGUGUUUAUGACACCUGGAGGGAAAGGAUGGGGCCUACGCAGUCUAGAGGACCUGCCAAGAGGUGCAUUUGUUUGUGAAUAUGUUGGAGAAGUUCUUACCAAUGCAGAACUGUUUGAACGAGUUUCACGGGGCUCUAGUAGCGAGGAACACUCGUAUCCUGUGCUGCUUGAUGCUGAUUGGGCUGCUGAAGGUGUGUUAAAGGAUGAAGAAGCUUUGUGUUUGGAUGCUACCUAUUAUGGGAAUGUUGCGAGGUUUAUAAACCACAGAUGUUUUGAUUCAAAUUUAGUUGAGAUACCUGUUGAGAUAGAGACACCGGAUCACCACUACUAUCACCUUGCCUUCUUCACUACAAGAAAAGUUAAAGCCAUGGAAGAGCUGACUUGGGAUUAUGGAAUUGAUUUUGAUGAUGUUGAACACCCAAUCAAAGCAUUUAAAUGCCAAUGCGGGAGCAGGUUCUGCAGAAACGGCAGACGUUCAAGCAGGUCUAGAUCAAAGAGGAGGAGAUGAGAAUACAUUUGAUGAUUAUUUCAGCAGAGUAUGUUGUAUCAACCCUGCCCUGGAAAGCUGGUGGCUUGGUGAAGCUUUUGUUCAAAUCAAUGGAUCUUUGUUCUGGAUUUUUUUUAAUUGGUUUAUUUAUUUAAGAUAUUGAUCAGACCCUGUGCAUUGUUAUUAAUGCAGCCUGUUGUACAAUUAAUUAAAUUCUGCUCCCAGCCCCAGCUUUAAUGUUAAGGUUCAGUUUAUUAUCA